CCUUCUCACUCCACCUCCCCACCCCUCCCGCCCUCUCUCCUCAAGCCCUGGGGAGGGCCUCCCCGCCCAUCUGGGGUCCCAGACACCCACGGAGUCACUCCAGCUUCAGGGCGCUCUGUGAGGCGAAGGCUACUCUAGGACAAGCAAGAUUCCUACUCUCUUGUAAAUGACCACCCAGGAAGACAAUGAAUGAGGUGAAAGAAUCCCUUCGAAGCGUUGAACAGAUGUACAAGCUCUUCCAGCAGCAGCAAUUCACAUUCAUUGCAGCUCUGGAGCACUGCAGAGAAAACGCCCACGACAAGAUCCGGCCCAUCUCUAGCAUUGGACAGGUGCAGAGCUACAUGGAACACUACUGUUACAAUACCACGGAUCGGCGGAUUCUGCUCAUGUUCCUGGACAUCUGCACAGAGCUAAAUAAGCUCUGCCAACACUUUGAAGCCUUGCACUCUGGCACCCCUGUCACCAACAACCUCCUAGAGAAAUGCAAAACCCUUGUUAGCCAAAGCAACGACUUAAGCAACCUCAGAGCAAAAUACCCUCACGAUGUGGUGAACCACCUCAGCUGUGACGAGGCCAGGAACCACUACGGAGGCGUGGUCAGUCUUAUCCCUAUAGUCCUAGACUUAAUGAAAAAAUGGAUCGCCCACUCGGAGAAGUUGCCCCGCAAAGUGCUGCAGCAUGGGGCGACUUAGCUUCUGUUUUCUUGCUUCCUCGGGGGCAGACAGUCAAGAAUAAAAUGUGUACUACCACCUCUUUGCCUGCCUUGACUUCCUGGGAUUUAUCCCUAAAAGAAAACCUACAUUUAUUCUAAGAGGACUUCAGGCUAUAGCCACACCAGCAAAACCAACAACAAGGAGAGAAACUACUACAGGCAUGUGUAUACCUAUCUCCCAAAAAAGUUUGCUUCUAAGAGGUUCAUGCUAAAGAUCCACAGAAGGCCAACAUUUAAACAUUUCUCCUAGGAUGGAAAGUAACUCCUUGUAUAGUUAGAGACCUAGUCAAACAAGAAAACCUGAAUUUUCCAGAAAAAUUUAAAACUGCCAUCUCUGUCUGAGCCUUCGUCUCAAUAGUCUGGGAGGAGUUGCUUCUGCCAUUAAAAUGGACAGAGCAAUAUUGAUUUUAAGAGACAAAGAAACAGAGCAAUCAAUUGAAAGUUACAUUGCAAAUGGAGCUCUUCCUUAUUGGUCCUUUCCCAGUAUGUCCCAAGCCAAAAUAUCUUAAGGCCAGAGUCGAUCUAAAAAUUGUUUAAGGGUCUAGUUUCCUGCUUUCUUUGCAAAUACUCGAAUGGCAAAUACAAGGUGGUAUAGUAGCUGUACUCUUUCCCUUGGUACACUCACAAACCACAAUUGGCAAGGUUAAGGGAUAAUUAAAAUCUCAACCUUGGGUUCCACCAAAAGGACUAUAUUAAAGCUAACAUACCAGACAAACCCCUAGAAAUUUAAGCAUUCACAGAAUGCAAGCUUGGGUGACAGCGCAGACUCAGGCAGUCUGCCUGGCUUUGAGGGCUUUUCUUGUCAUUCUCCACCCCACCCCCAUGCCACUAAUUGGGGGAAAGGCAUGAAUCUGAGGCAGAUAAAGGUAAGAUUUGUGGCUGCUCAUCAGAUGCUUUGCCAGAAUAAAAAGGGUCUUAUAGAGUCUAAAGCCAGAAUCCAUUUUCAACACCCUCCUGUAACCACCCAAGUUAACCAACCAGUAGGCUUUUGCACCUAUGGACCAGUCUCCUAUUUUGUCCAUUAGCCCCCAAAGGCCAGCAUUAGUCAUUCAUAUUAACACAGCAGAGUAGUGCAAAACAAUAAAUUUUUAUUUGUUCACAGUUAAACACAAGCAACUGCCUUGACAUUUUAGAACAUUCUAAGAAGGACAGCAAACCUUUUUGAUUCCAAUUCCCAUUCACUAAGAUUGUACCAUUUUCCCUUGCAGUUCAUAUUUAUGGCAUCAGAUGUGGAUUGUUUGACAUGCUUUUAAGAUCGAGGCAGGAAAGUCUGAACCUUUUGACAAGAGAUGACUCUUCAAUUUAACUAAAAGCAGUCAGUUUAAAAAAUUUGUUUUCACUGAUGGGAUCCCUUUAAACUGCAAGUUAGCUAAAUAUGGUUGACCCAUGAUUGAGUUAUAAAACUAGAUUAUGUCUCAGCAAAAUCUGUUCCUCCAUAAUAUAUUUGUGGUCCACUGAAGUCUUCUGAAAAGUGAUCACUGAUUCUUCCUAGUGCAAAAUGCCUGGCUUCCUCUAAUAAGCCAAAGUAUUUGCUACAUAGAGCAGCACCGUACCCUCCUAUCCAAACACUGUAUCAAGGUGGAGAGAGGGAGGGAGGGGUUUGUCUGAGGGUUCUCAGACUCUCAGGGGUCUCCACUAAAAGAUCCACUCGAAUGGUUAAACCAGCCUAUUUAUCCCCCAAAACUGGAUAAUUUUGUGGCAUAGCACAUUCUGCUAUUAUCCACUGGGAAGUGGGGAAGAGAGCUCCUCUGCCUUCAUAAACUCGUUUCAAGGCCAAAAGCAGUCAUGGGCGUAGGUGCUCAACGAUCCCAGUCAGGUUUCCCUUGUAGCUACAGCCACUCUUCUUUUAGGUUAGCAUAUACAGACUAUAGAACAGUGCAGAAAAGAUGGAAACACUGCUCCCCCUGGGCACAUUAUUGAGUCAACGGACACGAAACGAGCCACAUCGGGCCAAAGGUCACAGCAGCAGCCUAUAGGAGCCAGUCCCCAACCUAAACUUGUUCUUUUACCUAGAGAAAAGCUUAAUCAAGUGCAAUCAAUUACUCUGCAGCAGUCCAGGGGUUGGGGGUGGGAGCAGGGGGGCAUGUGUCACAGAACUCUGGAUGUAAACAGAUACACCAACAUCUUCAUAUUGGAUACAUUUUUCAAUACUCAUUGCAGGUCAAUUUUAAAGCAUGUACCUUGAAGAGUAAAAAAUGAAGCAAGAGGAAGGUGUGCUGAUUUGGGCUGUUCCACCAAAGGCAGCUUUCGUUGCCAAGUAAGACAUUCUCUUGGGUGGAACUGUGCUUCUUCCCAGGACCACUCUGUGAAGAGUAUCCUCAAAAGGCAAGGAGGCACUCCCCCUCCACUGCAGUUCUGGGACUGAACCUUCACUUAUAUUUCUUAUCUAUUUAUACUUUCAACUAACCCUCUUAGUGCUUUCAGUUAGAAAAAUUUUAUACUCUCAUUUGUUCUUCAGUUAUUUUGUCUGGAUUCAAGUGGCAUGUUCUAGUAUUUGCUGAAAAUUCACAUUGGCUAGUCAUAACACAUUUCAGUUAUAUUCUCUACACAAACACAUACCCAUUAUUUUUUUUUAACUAUGAGUUUGAACCUCUGUGGUCCAACCCACAGCCUUUCAUCCCCAAGAUUUUAUUCAUUCUUCU